UGCGGUGCGUGUGUGUGAGUGUGUUUUGCAUUUUAUUUUUGGGAAGGGGUUGUUCGGGGGUCUCGUCGUUAGGCAGUGAUAUUGGUUUGAAGGAGCUAUGAAUUUUGAAUUCGAACGUGAGAUCGGUUUUAUAAACAGCCAACCGUCGCUAGCAGAGUGCCUGACGUCCUUCCCUGCCGUCCUGGAGUCAUUUCAAACUUCAUCAAUCAAGGAGUCGACAGUAAUUCCGCCUCCCUUCGAGAACACCAUCCCCAGCCUCAGCCCCUGCACAGCCAGCCAGCCAAGAUCAGCUUCAAGGAACCAACAGAACCGGAGAACCUCUGUUAGCAAUGGCCUCCAGACGCACCAGCGACUCCCCCAGCAGCCCUGCCCGCCUGGCCAGGCCCCCACCCCGAACGCAUCCUCUACCGCAGGACCGCCGGCUCAGGAGUUCCCCUGGAUGAAAGAGAAGAAGUCCUCCAAAAAAUGCCCCAAAACUGCCAGCACCUCCGGCAGCGGUGGAUCCACCGUCCAAUCCGCCUCUUCGUCUCCGUCACCGACCGCCUCCGGGUACGCUUCUGCGGGCAUCGAGUCACCCACAGAUCCACAUCAGGCUGGUCUGGACGUCGGAGGAGCGGGGUCCCGUCGGCUGCGCACCGCCUACACCAACACGCAACUACUGGAGCUGGAGAAGGAGUUUCACUUCAACAAGUAUCUUUGCCGACCUAGACGAGUGGAGAUUGCCGCACUUCUGGACUUGACCGAGCGGCAAGUUAAAGUUUGGUUCCAGAACCGGCGCAUGAAACACAAGCGGCAGACGACGCACCACCGGGAUGGGGGUGGCGAUGGGGGAGGAGGAUGCCAGGAAUCCGGCGAGCCGAGUUGUAUUGAGCCGCUCGAAGGGGCCGAUGCUUCAUCACCGUACUCAAGCCAGCCGCUUGAGGCAUCUGGCACCGGGGAGUUAUCAGUCGGCGAGGCGGGGAGCAGUAAUCCAUCUUCAGCCGCCCACACCCGUGACAGCGGGGACAAUGUGCUUCCCACGCUGGUGGAAGGAGGCCUAUUGACUCGCCCGGACCUGCCAACGCUGUCGAAUGCAUCUGGCUCCUGUGACUCUGCUGCCAAACAUCCCUCCCCGGAGCCGUUGACCACUAAAAGCUCCACCGAUAACACGAACAUAAGGCUUCUCGAGCAGCCAGACUCUUCCAUCCCCUCCUCUUCGGCCUCCGCUGAGCUCCCCGACCUGACGUUCUUUGACGGGGACUCCUGCAUGUCACCCAGCCUUCAGAGUUCCCUGGACAGCCCGGUGGAUUUUUCGGAAGAGGACUUCGACUUGUUCACAAGCACACUGUGCACCAUGGACCUUCAGCAUCUCAACUUCUGAGGGUUUAAAUCAUAAUUAAAGCAUAUUAAACGAGGGCUCUCAGACAGAACCUAUAUUGUUGGGGGGAAACAAGGUAACAUUCCUGAAUUUAUUUCAGAUUGAAAUUUCAAACUUUGAUAUUUAAAUAUAUAUUUUUCAUCCCUUUGCCAGUAUUAUUUUGACACGCACCAUACAGAGGUAAAAAUACGGGCGAUGACAAGAUUUUUAUCAUUUAAAUAUCAAGUUUAACUUUUUUGUGCCCUCAUUUUCAGGAAUAUGAACUUAGAAUUAAUAUUUAUUAUUCAUUAGAAUUUUUAGAAUGUGUGGAUUUUUUGGAUCCAAACUUCUCAGGAACUGCUUGGUACCGCUGGACUGCUCUUCGAAAAUCUUAAAAUGAAGAAAUGAACAGCAAAAAUCUCUUGCUGUGACCCAGAGAAGAGGGAAGGCGUUUUGAUGAUUUGAGUUUUAAACCCUAGUUAAUUUAUUCAGAUUCUUUAAACAAUG